UUCACUGGAGUACUUAAGUUAAGCGAGUACGCUUCCGGGAUUUCGAUGAGAGGUGAACUUGCAUAAGAAAAGAUGACAGACGAAGGUAGCGGUGGAUACAAAGGGUUUAGAUCCCUUCUUUCGUCAAGAUCAAAAUCAAGUGAUCCUGACCUUAAUAUACCAGUUACUGGAGGGGGUGGUCUUUCAUCAUUUGUUUAUGAUCCCAGAAUACUACAGCAAAUCCAGCGAGAUGACCAAUACAUUGUACCAGAAGGUCAAGGUCACAGAAGAGGUCGAUUCGAGAUGGCCUUUACACAAAUAGGUGGUGGUUGUCUUACAGGAGCCAGUCUUGGUGCAUUGAUGGGAGGAGGCUCUUGGUGGAAGGAAAUCAAGGGAAAAGACAUGCACUCUAGCGUCAAAAGCACACUUUUUGUAAAUCACAUCACAAAAACAGCAGCUGAAAAGGGUCAAGCACUUGGAAUCAUUGCUCUCAUGUACAGCAUAUUUGGAAUAGCAGUGGAGAAAAGUCCUAUCGGAACACAGUUUGAAAAUGAAGACGUGAAUUCCAUUACAGCUGGUGCUCUUACUGGAAUGCUUUUCAGAAGUGGAGGUGGAUUGAGGUCAAGUUUGAAAGGUGGUGCUGCUGGUCUGACAAUAGCAGCCAUAGCCAGGGCUUUUUACACAUACUACAAGACAGACUUUUGAUCUACACUUCAAGCAAUAGACUGACAGAUAUUGUGUUUUGAGAUCUAAAUUUGAGUUGUAUCACUUUGACACUUUUAUUUUACAGUUUGAUUGACAGAUUGAUGCCAUGGUAACAAUUUUACUCAAUAUUUGAGUGUAUCAGGUCAUGUAAAUAUACAAAUGUAUACAAUUGUAUUACAACCAUGAAGUCCAGUCUAAAUGUGUCAUGUGUACAAACUUUGGAGUCUUUUAAAACUUUAAAAUUAAGUUAUUUGUUUUACAUUUAAAUUUAUUGAUAGUAUUAAAUAUUUUAUGGCAGGUUUUAGGUUCCUUUUUGUUAAAUACUAUAUGUGUUUAACCAGUUUCCAUACUGACGCAUUGGGUACCAUUUCACAGGCAAACAGUAAUAACCUAUAUGGCAAAAACGUCUUCAAAGAAAACAAUGAUUAUCCAAUUGUACAUUUCAGCAGUCUAAAUUCAGUCAUACAUAAUGUACGAAUAUGAAUAACUGGUAUUUACUGGACUUGCGUCUAGUAGUUUGAUUUUUCUGGUAGGCCAUUUAAAAUUUUUACUGGCAAUGUCUGGAAGGUAUGUGGUCUUGCGUCAUUUCUGGUUGUAACAAACAUGAUAUGUGUAUGAAUUCUUAACCAGUACAUCACAAUACGAGCAUUGCAUUGCAAGGACUUUUACUUUAUAAUUAUCAGCUGUAGGCUGUAGCAUGGACUCUACUUAUGGUCUAGUAUCUGCUUGGCAUAGGUCUGUUCUCCAUGUAGGAAGGUAAAUCUGAAAAAAAGCCUUUACAGUAUACAUAUAAAAUUAUUGGAAACAAAAGGUUUCAAAUUUGACACCAUUUGGGUCGACAUACAUGUAUGUCACCUCUCACCUCCCAAUAGGCAUACACAGAGGCAUCCCACUUGAUGUUUAGAACUCUUUGACUGGCAAACAUGGAUAGUUAUUGCCGUUCAUUGUGUUAAAUAUAUCAAUCAUUUAAAAAAAGUUGACCCUGGCAAUCUGCUGAAUGGCAGUUAAGUGUGUCUAUGAUGAACUAGAGCUCAUGUGCAUGUUGAAAAUAUAUGAUAACAAAAAUGUUAAUAUGUUGCUUUGCUUUGCUUUUUAUGUUUUUGUUAUAAGUACAUAUACUUUUUUUAAAGAAAUGCUAAUUAAACUCACGCCGGAAA